AUGAAUCCCGCCGUUGUUGACAGCCCCCAGUUUGGCUUGUUGUGGAAAAAGCCAAUGAACAAGGACGAAAAGUUCUACGCCAAAGUCCUAGUCUAUACACCACCAUCAACCGGAAUUCAGAUUCUGUUCACCGCCUCUUCACAGAACUGGAUCCGCACUUUCAACGCAAAGACCGGCGAGCAGCUGCUCACACGUCAGGUGGCCAGACCGUUCUUGCAGUCCGACAUUGGGUGCACAGAUAUUCCAGAUACCAUUGGUAUUAUUGGAACACCUACAAUUGAUCCAAACACGGACAUCGCCUACUUCUACGCAAAAUCUUACAUCUCAAAUUACCGAACUGCCGGCCAAAACGGGGUGUAUAACGGCGUGUAUUACUUCUACGCCGUCGACGUGAAGACGUUGCAGGAUGUUCCGGGUUUCCCUAUCCUCGUGGAUGGGUCCGUGGCAGACAACGACAAUCGCAUGUAUUUCAUUGGGGGUGUCAUUCUGCAACGACCUUCCAUGAUUCAAGUGGGCAACGUCGUUUACACUGGUUUCGGAGGCCACUGCGACAAAUACAACUACACCGGCACAGUCCUAGGUAUCGACGUUGUCCAGAAAAAGCUCGUGGCCAACUGGGUAACCGAAGCUGGAGACCAAGUACCGUUCAGUGGCAAAUGGGACGGCGAGGGAGGUGGUGGAGGUGUCUGGCAGGGUGGCACGAGUUUGUCCUCUGAUGGGCCUCGCCUGUUCCUUGUAACUGGAAACGGUGGUGGUCAUCAGAAUCGGGGCACCCCCGCCACUGGCAGCAGCAAUUGCUCGACGCUUGGACAAGCAGUGAUUAAUCUGCGAAUCGAGCCGGAUGGCAAACUUAUUUCACAAGACUACUUUCAGCCGUACGAUUAUUCGAACAUGGAUGGCGGAGAUCAGGACUUCGGUUCGUCAGGCGUUUGCAUGCUGGAUACAACGGUGUUCAAAGGGACUGGUGUCUCACGCAUAGGUGUUACCAGCGGCAAGAACGGCAAAAUCUACAUUGUAAACCUCAACCAACUCGGAGGCUACAAGCAAGGAGCUGGCGGAACAGAUGGUGUUCUUCAAACCAUCGUUACAGACAAGGCUGUCUUUGGCGGCUCCGGCUCAUAUCCGUUGGAAGGAGGCUUCUUUUACUCGGCUCCUACAGGCAACCCCGUCUACGUUUACAAGCUGGGCUUUGACAACGCCGGAAAGCCACUAUUCAGUGAGGUAGGAAAGUCGAUUGAGAGUUCUGCCGGUCGUGUGGGUAUCGGUGUUCCAACCGUCACCUCCUAUCAGGGUAAAGCUGGUACGGGUAUUCUCUGGCUUACUGAUCCCGAUGCUGGCCUACGCGCCUGGUACGCUGUACCCGGCCCAGACGGAAAACUCAAGAGCAUCAAGAUGCCCCAGGUCAGUGGUAUCAACAAGUUUCAGCGACCCGCCUUCGGAGACACCAGGCUCUACAUCACCGAUUCGAACGGAAAUCUUUACUGUAUAGGCUCUCCUGUGAACCUUCCUUUGGAUUGCAAGGGAAUCGAUUUCGGUGAUGUUGCACUGGGCUCAGAUGCAAGGGGGACAGUCGUCUGCAAGGCCUUGAUUCCUAUCACGAAAGUUACUGGGAUGACCGUCGGCGAUGCUCGCUUCGAGGUUGACAGUGCGUCCCUACCACCAGGAGCCCUCGCUGCCGGCGCAACUUUUAACAUCCCCGUUCGAUGGAACUUGACAACCGCCAACGUCCAGAACACGCCGGGUGCGAGCUUUGGCAGUGUGACGCCCGGUAUCAAAACCACGCCUCUCACUAUUACUACUCAGAAUGGCAUUGCAGGCUAUGCGGACUCAUUGCCAGUAAGCUUGUCGGGUAAUCAGGUCUCCAACAAGGCCUACCUCAGUUUGACUCCCGUUACCGUAGAUUUCGGAGGGCUUGUUGUUGGGGUACCAGGGAGGGAGUCGACGGCCUCGAAACCAUUCAGUAUCGCCAAUCUUGGGUCGCAGCCUCUGACGAUCAAGAGCUACGCCUACACCACCGACGAACUGGAUGAGGCAGAUGUUGACUUCACGGCAGUAACCAAAACGAAUGGCGUGUGGGAUCUUGGAUAUGGCUUCACAUCACUCAACCUUCUGGAGCCUGAAACUGUCAUCGCAGCUGGCACGGCGGUCACUGUCGAAGCCACCUUUAGCGCGAUCAAUGGCACCGGCGAAUAUCUCUCGUACUUUCACGUUUACACCGACGGCGGUGAUGCGUUCACCAUCCUCGAAGGGGCUGCAUCGACUGCGCCUAAGGCAAACUUCAGUAUCAGUACCUCGGAAGGUGGCUGGAAAGAUGAGUUGACUUUGGACUUCGGCCCUGUCGCACCUGGUGGCGAAGCGCAAGGACAGAUCCGGAUAUGCAACAAUGGUGGCUCGGUACUGUCCGUUACGAAGUCGAAGCCGCCACUUGGCGUUAUCCGUGCCCUCUCUGCUGGUAUCGACUUCCAUGAGGGUCAGAAGAUUGCGGUCGGCGAGUGUGCGUAUGGCACUGUGUUGUUCAAUCCUCUCAAUGAGCCACCAAACAUUCCAGACUUUGUGGUUAGCGACACCUGGACACUAAACGUUGAUGAUCUUGACUUUGGAGUCCAUGAGGUGGUCAUCAAGGGUACUGUUCACGAUCGCAUAGUGGGACCGACAAACCCGGACGGUAGUGCCCGCUACCAGUAUCUUGGAUGCUACCAGGACCAGCCUCGUCUCUUGCCGAAAGCCAUCUAUCCCGCGGGCCAACAAGAGAAUGCCCGUUGUCAGAACGCAUGUAUGGCCGCUGGAUACGUCUUUGCGGGAACGGAGUACCACACAGAAUGCUGGUGCGGCAACACGCCUCCGCCAGGAAGCAAAUACCACCCCGAGAGCGAAAAACGUUGCACCUUCUCUUGUUCAAGCGAUUCCUCCCAAGCGUGUGGUGGCGAUGGCGGUUUCAUCAGUAUCUAUUACGAUACUACCAAGUAUACCAUCACCAACGAGACCUACACAGACAAGCCUGGAGAGGCUAGUGGCGGGCCCUACACCCGUCAGUCCAUCGGCAACUACAACCACAUUGGCUGUUACACGGAGGCCAAUCAAGGAAGAGCCCUCUCGGGCAAAGCGGUUGGGGCUCCGGCUGCGGGUGGCUCCGUCGCGUUCUGCGAGUCGAGCUGCCGGGGUUACAACUACUUCGGCGUAGAGUACAGCAACGAGUGCUUCUGCGGUAACACCAUCAACGGCGGAUCUGUCCUUUCCCCAGGAGCCACACCAUCUAUCACUGGAUGCGACAACAUCUGCGGCGGGAACUCAAGCGAGUACUGUGGAGGCGGCGGUCGCCUGAACAUGUAUCAAUUGAACACAGUCUCAGUGUCCAGUUCAGCAGUUGCUUCAUCCUCUGCGCUAGUCUCACCUACCGACUCUAUCAUAGCCUCGCCUACAGUCUCGCCUACAGCUUCAGCGACACCCACCGGGCCAGCUGUCGUUCAAUCCGUCGGAGCUUUCUCGCACAUUGGCUGCUACAACGAGAUUGGUGGUCGGGCCUUGACAGCGAAGUCUUUCGCAACCGACUUGAUGACUGUCGAAUCAUGCGCCACUUUCUGUGAGACUUAUACCUUCUUUGGUGUCGAAUACGGCCGUGAGUGCUACUGCGGGAACACUAUUCCAGCAACUUCCACUGCGCAGGAUCCUACCACGUGCAAAAUGUUGUGUAAGGGCAACAGCCUCCAGUAUUGUGGUGGAGGAAGCCGACUCAACAUGUAUGAGAAGAAGGCUGUUGUGGCUUCGAGUUCGGUGAUUGCGAGCUCGUCGGCCGUAGUGGAGUCCAGCUCUUCUGCCGUUGUCAUCUCAAGCUCCUCUGCCGUCGAGGUUCCCAGCUCAUCUGCUGUUGUGGCUUCAAGCUCGUCAGCGGCAGAGGUCCCGAGCUCGUCCGCAGUGGUGGUUCCUAGUUCAUCAGCAGUGGUUGAGCCUAGUUCGUCAACUGUCGUAGCUCCUAGCUCAUCUGCGGUAGAGGUCCCAAGCUCCUCUCCAGUGGUGGUCCCAAGCUCCUCUGCGGUUGUCGCUUCCAGCUCCUUUGCAGCACCCCCGGCCGCCACUACACCUGCCGUUGUGCAAUCUGUGGGCGAAUACAGCCACAUCGGUUGCUACAAUGAGGUGUCAGGCCGGACACUCAGUGCAAAGAGGAGCGCCAACGAUCUUAUGACAGUCCAGAACUGCGCCACCUUCUGCUCCGGUUACACUUACUUCGGCGUCGAGUUUGGCCGAGAAUGCUACUGUGGCAAUUCAAUACCCGUCACCUCCACAGUGCAGCAGAGCGGAUGCAACAAGCUGUGCGCGGGCAAUGCUUUACAGUACUGCGGUGGCUCAUCCAAGCUCAACGUGUACCAGAAGGGCGCAUCCAGCGCCUCCUCCAGCGCUGCUGCAUCAGUCGCUCCUUCGUCGUCGGCAGCCCCAGUAUCAUCAGCAGCCGCGUCAUCUGCUCCACCGGCAGGCACGUCUUCCACCACCGUAGCUUCUCCAGCUGCGAAACCCAUGGUCUCGGGAUACACAUAUCAAGGCUGCUACACCGACAAUGUCCCCGUAACUGGACGCGUGCUUACCGGCGCUCGACUCAAUGGCAAUACCGCCAAUCCAAUGACAUUGGAGAAGUGUGCCGCGUUCUGCUCAAAGUUCGUCUACUGGGGUACUCAGUACGGCCAGGAAUGUUUCUGCGGUGAUGUCCUGGGGAGCGGAAGCGAGAAGAUCGCCGAGACGCAGUGCAAGACCAAGUGCGCUGGUGACCCGACCGAGUUGUGCGGUGCGGGCAGCAGGUUGUCGCUGUACAAGCUUGUAACCACGAGCUCGUCGAGCGUCACGGCUGCGUCGGAGUCUGCUCCUGCUGCUCAACGCGUUGCAGCGGCCUCUACCAGCGCUGCUUCAGAAUCAACUGUUCCUUCAUCUGCAGGUGCGGCCAUCAGUAGUGCCGCUGCUGGGCCAAAUGUCGCAUCGUCGACAGCUGCGGCAAGUAGUAGCGUGGCUGCGGAAGCGUCAGCGCCGGCCUCCCCUUCGUCCACUGCGGCUGCGUCUUCUGCCUCACCUACAGAAGCCCCAUCUUCCCCGUCACAAACUCCAUCUAGCCUCAUAGCUGGUCAAAAGGUUGGAGGCUGGGCGUACCUGGGCUGCGCGAACUCCACAAACAAACCCUUCCCACUGGUUGGCGCCUCGUUCACCAGCAAUAACAUGACCAACCAAGAGUGUCAGUCCUUCUGCUCCGGCAGCAAGUACAACUACGGACUCGCAGGCACUUCGGGUGGCACCUGCUACUGCGGCAACGCCCUCCAGUCAUACUCUGCAGUCGGCUUCAGUGGCUGCGAAGAGCAGUGCGCUGGAGACAAAUCUACCUACUGCGGCGGCCCAGCCCGUCUGAGUGUCUGGAACGCGACCUUCGACAUCCCACCGACAACUGUUAAGGCGGUCGGUGCCUACGCCUUCGAGGGCUGCUACGGAGAGGACAGCGGCGUGGAGUCGGCACCAAAGAUCAAAUUCUCGAACACGACUGAUAUGACCGUCGAGAUGUGCGUCACGCGCUGCCAGGAGCAGGACGCGCAAUACGCUGCCCUCAAGGGCUCGACUGAGUGCUUCUGCACCUCGGGUGUGGCUUUGAAUGCGGCCGCCGGUGAGACAACGAGCUGCAACAGCGUCAUGGUUGGCAACAGGAGAGAGUUUGGUGGCGGAUUUAGCGGUGGAGCGAGCUUCUACGGCAUCUACAAGAGCGAUUCGACAAAGGUUAACAGCGAAGGGUUCCCCAAUUCACACAACGAGGAGAACCGGGCUACUAACUGGCCGGAGACAACGACUAGAAGGCGUGGCAGGGCGUUUGUGGGUUGA